AUGAUUCAAAAUUGUUUGGUGUUUUGGAUAAAUAUAGUGCUUUUCCAUUUGAAAAUUAUAUUAAACAUGUUAAGAAAAAGUGACAAACCGCUACAACAAAUCAUAAGAAGGAAAGUGGAAAUAGAUGUUUCAUUAAAUAAAAGUAGGACACACAAUAUUUGUACUUACCCUCAAUUCGAAAAGGAACAUACUGGUGGUCCUACUGUACCUGGCACUAUUUUUCAGUUUGGAAGAGGCUUAUUUUCUAAUGUUACUUUAAAAAUAAACCGACCUGACAAUUGUUGCUCUCUUAAGGAUGGUAGCAUAGUUCUCAUACAUAACUUCAUUAUCAGAAAUAAUAUCAAAUUUAUCAUUGGAAAAAAAUUCAAUAACUGUUCUGAUUUUUACACAAAACCAUGUUCUUCUGCCGAUCUUAAUAUAUAUUUAGUAAGAUUAGAAGAUCUAGGACCCCUUCAAUCAUGGAAUGUUGAAGAAAUUAAUUCAAAGCAUAUAUUAAUGAAUUUAAGAGAUCAACCAUGUAUCACAAUGCCCCUUGUUCAUAUAUAA